GCAGGGUUGAAGGAAAUGUUCCAGACUAUGGACACCGAUAACAGUGGUGCAAUCACAUAUGAUGAGCUCAAAGAAGGCUUGAGAAGAUACGGCUCCACAUUAAAGGAUACUGAGAUUCGUGAUCUUAUGGAAGCAGCGGAUGUGGACAACAGUGGGACCAUUGACUAUAUGGAGUUCAUCGCUGCAACAUUGCAUCUGAAUAAACUGGAGCGUGAGGAACAUCUAGUGGCAGCCUUUUCAUAUUUUGACAAAGACGGAAAUUCUUACAUCACGGUGGAUGAUCUGCAGCAAGCUUGGCAAGAGCAUAACAUGCCAGAUGCUUUUCUUGAUGAUGUCAUUAAAGAAGCUGACCAGGACAACGAUGGCCGCAUUGACUAUGGAGAAUUUGUUGACAUGAUGACCAAGGGCAAUAUGGAAGAAACAGCGCGUGCUAGGCAUGGAAAUCGAUAA